CCUAAACAUGAUGUAUUAUAUUUAAAAAAUUUGUAAAAUAUGUUUCUAAAAAGAUCUUCUCUAGUUAGAAAGAAACCUUCUGAUUUUUCACACGAAUCUGAUAAUUAUAACACAGUAGAUGAUAAUAACAUUUCAGAAACAGAUUCAGUGGAUACCGAGUUGUUAAAACAAGAUGAUUCAUCUAAUUUUUCAGUUAAAGAUUCCGGUGUGAGUUUCAGAAGAGGAUUACGAGAUGGUACUAUAACAAAUAAAGUGGAUUUAGCCCAAAAUCGACCUUUGAACACACAAAAAAAGGUCAUAAACAAUUUAAGUUUUACAGAUUCAUUAGUUGAGGAUGAGUUUAGCAACAUACACCUGAGAAAUGCCAAAAUGACUAACCCUUUUGUUAAGAAAAGAUUUAAAAAAGGCAUUGAUUUAUCAAAUUCCAAGAAAUCUGAACCUUCAACCACUGAUAAAUAUCAUUUUCCAACUCAUAAUACCAAAACAUUUCAAAAAGAUACUGAUUCAACUGGUGAAGAUCAGAAAAAAGAUCCUGAGGAUACUAAAGAGUCAGAUGGUUCAGAAUUUGAUAGUGACGAAGAAUCUGACGAAUAUAAUAUGGAUAUCGAGACUAACUUUGUGGAUGAAAUUGAAUCUACAGAGGAGUCUGAUGAUAAUAUGGAUGAAGAACGCAGUGAUGAAAAGGUUUCCAAUCCAGCUGAUAAUGAUGUUGAAUUUGACUAUUAUGAUGUUCCCCUUUAUGAGUUAUCAGAAGUGGAGUCAGAUUUUGACAUUGAGUUAGAAUUAUCGCAAAUUGUUGAUACCGCCGAGUCUGAGCUACAAAUUUUAAAGAGAAACCUAGAAUCUAACCAGGCUUUGUUGAGCCAAAACAUAGAUAAGAUAACAAAGUUAGAGACAGAGAAAUCUCACCUUGAAAACCAUUUAACGGUUUAUUCCAAUCUCCUGGAAACUUCAAAUACACUGUCGAGUUUGGUAAGUUCAAAGCUACACACACUCCUUGUUACUCUGGACAAAAUUAAAAAGAACAGAAUUGAGGAGAUGGAGUAUCUGUUAAGGAUGAGAAGGUGGUUAUACUGUGAUUUUCUUCGACUCUCAGGAGUUAGUAACUUAGAGUACAAUUGUGGAGAAUUGGAGGAUAUUGAUGAGAUGGGAAAGGAUUUAUCGCAAACUAUUGAAAAGAACUUUGAUAAGAGAUUAGAUGGCCUUAAUGAAAUAAAAAGUGAUCUUGUUAAUAAUAGUGUGAAACAUGCUCCAAAAUUUAAAUCCAGUUCUUUAAAAGAAUAUCUUACAACUAGGGUUAGGGAUUUAUUCACUGUCAAAUUGGGCGUUAAUUAUACAUUUCCACAGCUAUCAGAGUUAUACGAGUAUGAAAUUAACUUGGAACAAGUGGAUUUGAAUUUGAUGAGUGAUGUUACAGAGGAGUUUUGCACAAUCAGUGCCUGUUUAGAACCAUUUUUAAGUUUUAAAGAAACUAAUCCAAGUGAAUAUGAAGCUUUAAAUGUAGCAGAAAAUCUUAAAAAUGUAAUUUUAUUUUUUGUUAAGGUUUCACUGCUGACUUGGGACCCACUAAAUCAAUUUGAUAUCAAAUCACUUGAAUGGUUCAACGUUUUGUUAAAAUUUGAUCAAAAUAUGUUACCACUAGUAGUUGACGAGGUUCUUUUCCUCCUCUCCAUGAACUGCAUAGAAUACUUCGAUAUUGAGUCAUACGAACAAUGUCAAAAUUUGUGUGAAUUGUUAAAAUUUGUAAUGCAAAAUUCUAGUCAGGAUAACAAGUCAAAUAAUGUUGAGAAAAUCACAACCUCCUUGAUAAAAUCUAUAAACACCAAGGUCUCAGUGGUCAGUUUCAGGCUAAAUACCAAGGAUUCUUCAUUCAUGCUAUCAAUGAUUAGUGAUCCUGUGGGUUUACACAUUAUCAAGUUCUCAUGCUUGAACCUUAUUGGUAACUUGAUGUGUUUCUCAGAUAUACUCUCUGGUACCACUCUUUCAACUAUGGUUGUGGACGAUUUUUUCUUAAACAAGCUAUUACCGCUUUUAGACUUUGAAUCACCAAUUGACGCCUUUGUAGUCUUAAAUUUUAACUUUCUAACUUUACCCAUUUCUAGACUCCUUCAGAUUAGGACCAAGAACACAUCAAUUGUGAAGUUGACAUUUCAACGUUUUUGUGAAUCUGAAUGGUCUUCUGGAUCAAAUUCAGAGAUUUUCAACGCUCUUUCAAUACCAAUGACUAAUGAAAGUUACUCUAAACUAAUAAAAUCCUAAUGUACUAUACUAUACAUAAA